UUUCCUCAUUAGAAUGGCACAUUGCGGUGAUGCAAAAGUUGCCAGGAGUCUCCUGACGUGGACGCGACUGUCAUGUAAGACAAAGAUGCCUUUUAGCAGUACAGAAACUAUAUCGAAGGGAUACGUAUGCACAUCAGUGUUUUCCCUUUUGUAUCAGAGCAUGUAAAUCAGUGAUGAAUUGAAAUCUAGAUUUGCAAGUCGCCAGAACCUCGGAUGCCAUCUUCAAAACUCCAAUUCUAUCGAAACCUGUUUGUCAUAUAUUUACACCAGGAUCGAAGCGGUUUGCUUCCAGCGGCCCGCAAUCUACCUAUGGACACCAUAAAUCAGAGGGGCCAUCAAAGGAUAAACUUCGCAUUGUUCCUUUUCAAAUGAAUGUCACACAGGCUGAAGAGAUUUUUCAAAAGUAUCACGGAUACAGCUUCUUCUCCGCCAAAGUCCGUCAAGUUGACAAAGUUGAGGCACUCUACAUUCCCUUUUGGGCUGCAAGUGGAUCUGUUCGGUCAAAGAUCAUAAAUGCUCAGGUUGGCUGGGAUCGCCUUGUUACCCGAUACAACAAGGUUACAAAACAAAAUGAGACAUCAUGGGAAACCACAUGGAGGUCCGUGCAGACGCAGCAUGAGUUUUCAAAUUCAUAUCCGAGUACGAUACCAGAAUUACAGAUCUAUGCUUCAUACAAGUAUCGUAGAGGAUUUGUCAACCAGAUCAGGAGUAGCUCCAGUAUUCUGGCAGCGAAGACCUUAGAGCCAAAAGAUAUGGAAUCUACUAAUGAGCAUGAUAUUCAACGAGGAUUACGGGAUCGUGGGUUGGAUCCCUUCACCGUGAAACCAUCCAUUGCUCUCAAAUUCGUCAAGACUGCCAUUGAGGAAAACGAAACUACGAGAGCAGAGCGCUGGCUCAUUGAAAACUAUAGAUGUGAUCAAGCAAGGAUUUUAUCUAUGAACUUUCAGUAUGACAAGUUAGUCGUGGCCCCAAUUUAUAUUCCGGUGUACGUGUUUUCAAUCCAGCAUUUGAACCGGACUUUUAGAACGUUUGUUCAGGCACAUGAUGAGAAAGGGCUUGUAGGCGGUUUGAGAUUCUACUCAUGGGAACGAGUGAGUGCUGUCACGGCGAUUUGUGCUAUGGCCGGUCUCGCUAUCAUGGGCACCUCGCGUUUUGGAAUGACUAUGACAAGUGGAUUCUGGCUGGGGGUCGUAGCGCCAUCAUUAAUAGUAGCCUGGUCUGUUCUUUAUUAUCCUGUCCUGGACUAUCGCAUCAGAGAUUGGUGGCGGCAAAGAGAGAUGGCUGGUCAUGAGGAAGAAGCUUACUCAUCAACAUGGGAUGCAGACUGGACAAGGGCUUAUGAUAGGUUUGAAGAGGAGCAGCGACGCCAGGACUGGAAUGAGAACCAGCAAUAUCAGCAAUACCACCAUCAGUCUUCGAAGGAAUCAGGGUCGUCUUCAUCAUACACCUCUGGCCGUUCAGGCCCUCCAGGCGAUCCACAAGGCUAUUAUGCUGUGCUAGGUAUCCGCACCAAUGCUUCUGUUCAAGAAAUCCAGUCCGCAUUCAGGGGUCUUGCUAUGAAAUGGCAUCCUGAUAGAUUUAAUACUCCUGAAGAAAAGGCUGUCGGUAAGAAGAAGUUUCAAGAGAUCACUGCGGCUUAUAGCGUGCUUCGUGAUCCAAAGAAAAGACGAUCAUACGAUAUGUAUGGACGCGUUUAGUAUGAAUACAAUAAUAAACAAUGAAGAGC